ACCAAAUAAUAUUUAAUUGAGGACUUAUCAUCCUUCAUCUCGGAGAGCCUGCAAUUAUCAGCACUUGACCAUGGAGGACUUAUCAGCACCCAAGAGCAAGAUCCUGAAAAGUCCAGCACUUGCGCAGUACAUCCUUGAUACGAGUGCAUAUCCGAAAGAGCACGAGCAGUUGAAGCAACUCCGAGAGACAACAGUGCAGAAAUAUGGUUUCAAGAGUUUGAUGAAUGUGGCUGUGGAUGAGGCACAAUUCCUUUCUAUUCUUCUAAAAAUCAUCAAGGCCGAGAAAACACUAGAAAUUGGAGUUUUCACGGGUUAUUCCCUUCUUUCUACUGCUCUGGCUCUUCCUCCUCAUGCCAAGAUUAUAGCAAUUGACGUGGAUAGAGAAGCAUAUGAGACUGGAUUGCCCUUCAUCCAGAAGGCAGGAGUGGAGGACAAAAUUGACUUUAUCCAAGCAGAUGCAUUAUCCGCCCUGAAUGAUCUCGUUGAAGGAAACCAUGGCGAGUCAUUUGACUUCGUAUUUGUAGAUGCUGACAAGGAAAAUAUGAUAAAGUAUCAUGAGGUGUUGUUAAAAUUGGUGAAGAAGGGUGGAACAAUUGCAUAUGACAACACCUUAUGGCUUGGUACAGUGGCUAUGUCUGAGGAUGAGAAAUUGGAAGAUAAAUUCUGGAAACACAGGAAGCCUACUCUAGAAUUCAACAGUUACAUAGCAAAUGAUUGUCGCAUAGAAUCAACUAUUGUUUCCAUUGGAGACGGUGUAACUCUUUGUCGACGCAUCUGACCAGCCAUAAAUUUCAAAUGUAUUUUCCUUACUAAUAAUAUUUCCAAAGUUAAAAGUCAUGUUAUUUUUAACAAUGCAAC